UAACUCGCGCGGAGUGUUACGCGCUUGAGUAACAUCGCAUUGGAUAACUACAAACAAACAACAAACAAGCUUCAAAUCUUCCUCCAACUGAAUAAUGAUGUGUUUUCCAAAGGAUUCAGAUUUUAAUCAUACUGAUUAAGUGUUUACUGCUCGAAAGCGAAGACUGGGCGUUUAGAACUUUAGAAUUUCGCGGAUUGACACUGAAAGGGGGUUACAAGGACCAAGAUGGCGACCAGUGCCAAAAUGUCUUUCAACUACUACCAAAAUGGAAAAUAUGGCACGUUGCCUCAAAAUCCCCAGAAAGACAUGGAAGUUACACAAGACAUGCAUCUUAAAAUGUCAAAGAAGAUCGCUCAGCUCACAAAGGUCAUCUAUGCUCUCAACACCAAGAACGAUGAACAUGAUGCGGUCCUUCAGAGCAUCAAGGAACAGCAUGAGUCUGAGCUGCAGCAGCUGCUGUCAGAAACCAAAGAAAAAGUGGAACUCUACAAAAACAAAAUCAAUGCUGACUCGGAUCAUCGGAAGAAAAUACAGACCCUCGAAGCAUCCCUGGCAGAACAAGAAAAAUAUAAAAGUUCCGCCUUGGAUGAGUUCGAGAGGUUUAAGAAGCGUGCAGAAGAGAGAGAAUGUGAGUUGAAGACAGAACAUUCCAAAAGAAUUUUAGACCUUUCGCAGGAAGUGUUGAAAGCUAAGCAUGAGUUCGAAGAAAAGAUUGUUAAAUUUGAGGAAUGGAUGCAGCAACUUGACAUUGACAAAGCUAGAGCUUUGGAUGAAGUUAAACAGAAACAUGAACUUGAGUUAGAUGAACUACGAACAUUUCAACGAUCUCAAAACAGUGACUGGUUAAAUGAGUGUGCAAAAGUUGAGGACAAGUUUAAAACUGAAAUUCAGGAGUUGAAGGAUAGAGUAGAUGCUUUACAAGAUGAGAAAGUCAAAUUGGAAGAAGAUCAUGAACUGAAAAUGUCCAAAGCACAAGCCUUUUUUGAGAAAGAGCUUGAAGCUUUGAAGACAUCUCAGAAUUCCACACUGGAGGGAGACAUGGUGAAGCUUCGGCAGGAACAGGAGAAAAUGGUGAAGGAUUUCGCAGCGUUAGAGAAGGAGCUGAAGACACAGAUUGAUCAGCUUAUCAAUCAACUUUCGGAGAGUGAGGAGUCCGUGGAGAAACACAAACAUGAACUUUUACAGUUACAGAAUAGUCUCAGGGACAAAGACAGCACUUCACAUGAAGUGAACAAACAGUUAUCAGAUCAACAGGCGGAGGUUGAAAGGUUGUCCACAAGGCUACAUGCUGUUGAGACAGAUCUGUCUGCAGUGACGGAGCGAUGUACACAACAGGCAGCAGAGAUGCUGAGGAAGUCAACACUGAUCGGGGAGCUAGAAGCCACAGUCAUUCAGAAGAGUAGUACAAUAGACGAGCUCAAAGCACAGGUAUCCAAGUUGAAAGACAAACUGGCUUGGCUGGAAUCAGAGAGGAAGAAUUUAGAAAGUCAAAAACAGAACCUGUCAGAGGAACAGCAAUCACAGCUUAAGUCUUUAGAACAGUCCCUGGAAGACUUGUCUGUGGAGAAGCAGACCCUGCAGCAGAGACUGGAGCGGGAGAUCCAGAGUCUGCAGGACAAGUACAAGCACAAGGAGCAGCAGCUCACAGCCGCACACGACGCCGCCAUCAACACCCUCAACCGAGAACACCGCGAACAGAUGGACCAACAGAAGACAGCUGCUGCUGAGGUCCUGGAACACACUAAACAGGAGUACCAGGGCAAGUAUGAUGAGGAUGUGCAGCAACUGACUGCAGGCAAAACUGCUGUCAUGGUGGAGUUCGAGAGGGUCAAAGCAGAGUUGUACAGCAAACUGCAGAUCACCGAGAAUGAGGUGAAGAGGCUGGAGGGGCUGGUGCAUGAGAGUGAGAACGGCCUGGGAUCAGCAACCUCCCACAUCACCAACCUGAAGGAAGCGGCCACCAAGCUCAAGUAUGAGCUGGACACAACUCGGGCUGAGCUGAAGGCAACCAAGAUCUCCGAGGCCAAUUUCAAGGCGGAGCUGGACAAGCUGAAGUUGCUGCAUGCCAGCAAGCUGGCAGAACAUCAGCUGGAGAUGAAGACCCGUCUGGAGGAGCUGGCCACCGAGCUGGACAACAAGUGGACAGGCACCUUGAGGAUGGAGUGUAAGAACCUGAGGGAGGAGCUGGUGGAGCAGAAGGAAGAUGAGAAGAAGUCCGCUCUGGCUCAGCUGACCAGGCUGAAGGAUCAAGAGCUGGUCACCAUGCGGUCAGCCCUGGACACCAAGAUAUCGGACCUACAGAAACAGAUUGCACUGCUAGUGCAGAGUGUUCAGCAGUCCGAGUCCAAGUCCAGCAGUGCCCUAGACGCCAUCAAGUCGGAGUCAGAGGCCGAGAAGAAGCGGCUGAUGCAGGAGAUGCUGGACGCUGCCCAAGACUAUGCCAACAAGAUAGCAGCCAUGGAGACAGCUCACCAGGACCAGAUACAGAAACUCUCCUCCACGAAGAACUCCGAGACAAUGCAGGAGACUGGAGGAGCUACCAGUGGAGACUCACUACCCAAGGAAAUGGAGAAGAAGAUGCGGACGCAGCACAUUGAGGACAUGAAGGCCCAGACAACAGCUCACAGGGCUACAGUGGAGAGCAUCAAGGAGCAGGCCGACAGGGCCAGGCUCACCGAGGUGUCCGACAUGGCUGACAAACACAAGACUGCACUAGCCGAGCUGCGUGAUGAGCUGACCAGCUCCCACCUGCAGGAGCUGGAACAACUGAAGCUGAGCCACCAGGGGGAGCUGACAGCUGCCAGGAUGCAGCUGGAGAGAGCUGUAGAGAUCUCUAAACAAAAGGACAAUGACCAUUCACUGAGGAUAGAAGAUCUACAAGGGGAGAUAACUCAGCGGGAGCGGCACAUCAAGAACUUGGAGGAGGAGAUACGCAAGUUGCAGAAUGACAUUGAUCAACUGAAGAAAGAGAUCACCACAAAAGGAAAGGAAGUCCUCAAAGCCAGGAGUGAUGCUAACAGCAGACUCAAGUCUCAAGAGGAGCAGCUCCAGGGCCGGCACCAGCGGACAUUGGACAACCUGUCUGCUGACCACAUCCGUGAGAUGCAGGACAUGGUGGCGCAGUUCAACCAGGCCCAGGAUAUGCUGAAGGAUAAGAUCUCCGAGCUGCAGAUACAACUGGAGGAGGCAGAAGAGAGGUAUGAGAACCGUGAGUCCCGCCCAGAAGACCUGGAGCUGAUUCAGCAGCUGCGAGAUGCUAUAGCGGAGAGAGAGCAGCGCCUCAAGGAGAUCAUGGAUGAGAAGCGGUUCUAUCAGCUGGAGCUGGUCAACAGGGAGACAAACUUCAACAAGGUCUUCAACAGCAGUCCUAACGUCGGCAUCCUCAACCCUCUCAAUGUCAAGAAGAGGAAGGGUGACAAGAACCCAGCCAAACAUUCGAGUGCCCCGAGCCUGUCCGGCAACAACCAGCGUCUAGACCCCCUCCCAGGGUCCCCACUGCAUGAUGAGCGCCUCAACCCAGCCAAACCUCUACCACAGCCAGCCUUUACCAAAAAAUUUGUCCGAUAAAUCUUACAUCCCUUGGUCUUGUCUGUCCACCUCCAUAGCUACAAGUAGCUGAAUUCCAGUAUUCAUCAUCACACGUCACUGUACAAAGAGUAUCUGAUUGUAUACAAGUAUUAUCAUGAAUGUAAUAUAUAUUUGUAUGGAGAGCAUUAACUAUUUAUAUCAUACCAAGCAUUGUUAGUCCAAUGAUUAUGUACAGCAUGUAGUAUAAACUUUGUGUAAACAUUCAUGAAUGAUUAUGGAUAUGAGGUAAGAUUUGUUGUGAAGGUCAAGAUACUGGUAAUGAUAUGAUUCAUGUUUGACCCAAGUUUUGUUCAUGAAAAGUUUGGGCUGUCUUCGCAGGUGCCAUCCAUUGCUGUAUAUCACAGUUGUCAAUCUUGACCUUCCUGUGUCAUUUCCGUCCUGGCAUGGAUGGCACUGGGAGACAUCUGACCCAAGUAUUUAAGCCAAUGUAUUUAUUUAUAUUAUUCACAUUAAAUGUGUAUUCUACAAGUUCUGUCUUUAUUUUACCUAGUGCACAAUAUUUUAUUUUGCCACAAACUGUGACUUUACCUCUGUGUCAAAUUGUUUAUUAAUGAUUCCCCAUAUUGAUGAAGUUGGUUGUGUUUGAUGCUCCUGUGUUUAGAAGCAGGUUGCUGUGGGGUUGAACUUACCGGUAUGGAGCUGGGUUUGGGUUGAACUUACCUGUAUGGAGCUUGGUUUGGGUUGAACUUACCGGUAUGGAGCUGGGUUUGGGUUGUAUCUGUGGCAGCCUUCAUGGUCUCUCUGCCAGGAAUCUAUGUGUGUGUUGUCAUUUUGGAUUGUGAAGCAACUUGAAUAAAGUCCUGUUAUGGCCUUGUGCUUGUCACUCAGGGUCCUGUGUUGGCCUUGUGCUGGUUACUCAGGGUCCUGUGUUGGCCUUGUGCUGGUCACUCAGGGUCCUGUGUUGGCCUUGUGCUGGUCACUCAGGGUCUUGUGCUGGUCACUCAGGGUCCUGUGUCGGCCUUGGACUGGUCACUCAGGGUCCUGUGAUGGCCUUGUACUGGUCACUCAGGGUCCUGUGUUGGUCUUUGUGCUGGUCACUCAGGGUCCUGUGUUGGUCUUGUGCUGGUCACUCAGGGUCCUGUGUCAGCCUUGUGCUGGUUACUCAGGCUCCUGUGAGGGCCUUGUACUGGUCACUCAGGCUCCUGUGUCGGCCUUCUGCUGGUCACUCCGGCUCCUGUGUCGGCCUUGUACUGGUCACUCCGGCUCCUGUGUUGGCCUUGUACUGGUCACUCAGGCUCCUGUGUCGGCCUUGUGCUGGUCACUCAGGGUCCUGUGUCGGCCUUGUGCUAGUCACUCAGGCUCCUGUGAGGGCCUUGUGCUGGUCACUCAGGCUCCUGUGUCGGCCUUGUACUGGUCACUCCGGCUCCUGUGUUGGCCUUGUACUGGUCACUCAGGCUCCUGUGUUGGCCUUGUACUGGUCACUCAGGCUCCUGUGUCGGCCUUGUACUGGUCACUCAGGCUCCUGUGUUGGCCUUGUACUGGUCACUCCGGCUCCUGUGUCGGCCUUGUGCUGGUCACUCAGGCUCCUGUGUCGGCCUUGUGCUAGUUCCACGAUCACGGUCUCCCCUCAGUGUGUGUUUGAUAAGGACAUUCUGAAGAUGAAGUGAAUGUAUUGUGUUAAAUGGUCCUGUUUUGAAACUUGUUGACCUUACUGCUGAAUUAAUGUUUGCUGAUAUUGUGGUUCCCCUAAAAUGUUCGGAGGAUAAUACAGGUUUCCCAGCAUUAAUUCUUUUACAGUAGUUUACGCAGUUUUUGUGGUGAUUUAGAACAAGACAUGGAAAUAUUAGUUGUCAAUGAAUAUGAAUACAUGUAUGAGUGUUUUAGUAACUUUUCAUGUCAGUAUUACAUUUGUUACAAAUAUGCUUAUGUGAUCAUGAAAACCCUUCCAAACUAAAUGAAUCAGUACAUCUGGUAGCUUCAGGGACAGUGAUAAGUCUUGAAGAUACUGACAGAUGCUGAGUAACAGAUGCUUGAAUAUGCUUGUGACACUUCAUCUUUUGAACACACAGCUAUGAAACAAUAUGCUGUGCACUCGUGUUUUGCUUGUACAUGUACAUGAAUGGCCAUCUCUGCGACAUGGACCAAUGGGUUUACAAUGUCAUUACCUGGUUGUAUAAGGAUGUUGUAGUGCAUCAUAUGUGUCAUUACUCAAAAGGUAAAAUGAUCUAUUUCAGUGAAAUAUUCCCAUGUGACAGUUUAUCUUAGGGCCAACAAAGAGGCACUCAUGGUAUCAAAGAUUGAAUAGAGUCAAUUAUGAUGUGCUGGAUAAGUGAGAUUGUGAUAGCAACCAUUGUGUGUAGAAUUGUAACAAGACAGCAUCUGGCCAUCCAGAUAGGAAGAUUUUGUCGUAUGUAAUGAUAAAGUGUCAGUGUUAUCCAGAGCGUGCCAUGUCAGUCUAGAAGUGCUGUGUGUCUGUUGAUUCAUCUUCCUUGUUAAUACAUCCAUGUAACACAUCAGUCUCACACAGUUAGCUCUGUUGCUAGUGUAAGUCUUGUCAUGGUACUGACACAGCAACAGUCAUAACACAAGGCUCAGAACCUUGACAGGAAACUGCAGUAAAGACCAAUCCCUGUGGAUUACCAAGGUACAUCCAAGUGCUACACUGUGCUAAGACUGUUUAUUCUCAGAUGGUGAGCCUGCUAGAAAACAAGGGGACACAUGUACCCUGUCAUCUAGUGUGCUGCGAUUUGCUGUGCUGAGUUGCAUCCCUUAGUCAUGUAAGAAUCAAAUGAUCAUGGGUUCAAAACCAAGAUUCCCUGACUAUGAAUCUUGGUUUAUCAGCACCAUCCCUGGGCUUGUGGGUUUCACCAAAGUGGUAAACGUCAAGGAACUGCAUCACUUAAACUGACAUGUUGUGAUAUAACUGAAAUACUGUACAAGACAGCUCUCUUCAAAAAUAAAAACGUAUGUCAUGAAAUGUUUCCCUUUUGGAAGUCCACAUAUAUAACUCAUUCUUGUUCAUGGUUACAUGAAUUGAAGAAAGGGUAUUAUUUCCUUGCACAACAUGUCCCAGUAUGUUGAGGAAUAUUCAUAGCUUCGCUUGCCUCCCAGUCCAGCCUCACCUCAAGCAACUAACUUGUCCAAAGUCAGUGCCUAUAUUCUCCUUUUAUUAAUUUAUUCUAUUUUAAGUGAUUAUUUUAUGGCAUAUUAAAACCAUAGCUGUGAUAUUUUACUUUAUAUUUGCAAUUUCCCACUUUUAUAAUGUCAUGGAUAUUAUGUAGGGUUGAGAAGGUACAGUUUCCACAUGAGCCUCGUACUACAAGCAUGGUCGGCAUACGUUUGUGUGUUCCACAUCUAUGUUGGCACAUGGAGGUAUCCUACAGCAUGUCUGAGUAGUCUCCUCUGUAUACCAGGUAUGUGUCCGCCACCUGCUUCAAGUAGCAGGGUGGUGUCUUUACUUCAGGGUGAGAGGGUUGCCAUGUCCUUGUUGAACAUUGAACUGACUAUAAUGAAACAUGAUAACUUGUGUAAGUCUGUACAUUGCCUUCUCCUCCUGUGCCAUGUAUAUACCACAUUUCUACCACCAACAUAGCCUCGGCCAAAAUAAACAUGAAUGAAGUACCGCUAA